UUUAGAUUCGGAAAUGAUUCGAUUAAUCGAUUAUGAAUCAAAACACGUUUGUAAACAUAAUUUGACAAGCACAACUUGAACUUGUAUUUUAAUUGUAUAAUUUAAAGUAAAAAUGCCGAAAGUAGUUUCAAGAAGUAUAAUAUGUUCCGAUACCAAAGAUCAAGAAGAAUACAGCGAAGAAAAACCGUUACAUAUCUAUUAUUGUUUAUGUGGACAAAUGACAUUGAUUUUAGAUUGUGCAAUAGACAAAUUGCCACUGAGAAAGAGAGAUGGUGCACGAGUUAUUGAUGGUAGUAAACAUGCUCAUAAAAUGACUUGUGAACAAGAUGAAAUCGUGUAUUUAAAACGGCCUGAAGGCAUAGAGAAACAAUAUCGUCAAAAGUGUAAAAAGUGUGGACUCUUUCUUUAUUACAAACAUGAUCAAGCAACGAAUGUUGUGUUUAUUGUGAAGGGUGCUGUAAUUAAAAGUUCUGGUGAAGGUCCUAUGACGGAUAUAUAUAAUCAAGUAGCUAUUGAAAAGCCAAAAAAGAUAAUGGUAACAAAACAUACCAAAAAUAUGGGAAAAUUCAGUUCUGUCACUGUCUCUACUAUUGACGAAGAAGAAGAUGAAAUUGAAGCUAGAGAAGUUGCUGACUCUUAUGCGAAUAAUGCUCGAAUAAUAGAAAAACAAUUGGAAAGAAAAGGAAUGAAUAAACGAAAGACAAUGCCUCCACCUGAAGCAGAACAAAAGAGAGCAAGACCUAGAGGCACACUGCUGGACGUGUAAAAAUUAGUUGUACAUACAUCGUUGCGUAUCUAAAAUAAUUGUAAUUGUAUAUAAAUAUUUUUACAAAUUUUAAUUUAGUUUUUUUUGCUAGUACUUAAAUUUCAUAGAAAAUAAAAAUUUAAAGAAUUAGACGGUUUUUUUAACAUUAUAUCGAAUUGUUU